AUGCAAUCUCCCCAGGGUCUUUGUAGAAAUCCAACAAGAUCGGAUUCUAUUAUUGUUGCUGAUGGAAAUGUGGUAAAGGAAAAAAAUACUGGUUCAAAAGAAACAUUUGUUAUUGCCCAAGGAUUUAAAAUAGCAUUUGAUGUAGAAACAGCAGCAAAUGGUAAGAUUGCUGUGACUGAUGUUGGUAGCCACAAAGUUUCUCUCUUGAAGUGGAAUUAUGAAAAAGAUGUAUGGGAGGAGUCAACAUCUAUAGGAAGUGGAGAUGCAGGAUGCAGAGAUGGCAACGCUACAACUGCUGACCUCCACGAGCCAACCGGUAUUGCAUUUUACAUGAAUGCUGCUCUAGUUUGCUGCAUUGGAGGAAGGAAUCAUGGAUGCAUCAAGCUAUAUUCGGACCUUCGGUUUGCAGCAGAAUUCAUGUCAAAUGUUCUUAAUAUCUAUGAUGCCAUUGGAUUUUUACCGAAGAAAGAGCAGAACAAGAGAAGAAAAUUGCAUGCUACACCUGCACAGGUUAUUAUUGAAAAGUCGACUAGCAGCCUAAUGCAGAGCAUAAUGAACAAAAGAAAAGCUCACCUCAACAGAACAGGUUUGGAUGGAACAGAUGGCUCUAUCUACUCAAAAACACUGGAAGGCUUUGCACAAACCAUUACUUCAUUGAAAAGCCAUUCCCUUGCAUUUGAAGAACUAGGUAUCAAUAUAGCAAAGUUGAACAUGUAUGCUUUUGCUAAUGAGUCACAAAAGGAGCAUGGCUUUGCUAAACAUAAGCAAAGUGGGCAAUAUAGGCAUCCAACUAUGCAGCAAUACAGUCGGACAAAAGGCGUUGAGGAGGAAGAAAUGAUAAAAAAAGAUUUGUGA